AUGAAGGUAUGUUGCCGUCCGUCUGCUUCUCAAUCGUGUCGUCGUCAUGCGCAUGUCGCACCCUCAUCUGCGCAUGGGUUUUGGCUCAGAUUCACUGCCCUGCUUCUCGGGCUCCUUUCACUGCACAUGUGUUUUCAUGCCGGCGCCUGCGCCUGCAGCUGUGCCUGUGCCUGUGUCGCAGUCCACCAGACGGACGCAUUUGUUCUCGAGGAUGUCGGCCAGCCUCCAGAGUUUGUAGGCUUUCUCGUGCCUCGUCAGUCAAAUGCUCUUGCCUGUUUUCUGCCCAGCGACAUCCAUUUUGGCGCUCACUGCUUGCCAGUCGCUCCUUCCCUCGCUUCGCUUCAUUUCCCUUGGGCAGUUGAUGUUCUACACCCCGCUUCUUUGCGCGACAGGACUUGA